ACCCGAUUGGUGUUGGUGAAAUUAAUGUGUUGUGCAGGUUGAUUCAUUAAUCCUGUGUGUUGAUAUGAGGGAAUAACGUUUCGCCGUGGAUUACUGCUGCCUGCCGGUAGACCCUUAGAUUCUCCAUAUAAUUCUAAAGGAAAAACAGGCCAUUGUGGCUUAUUGUUCGAAUGUAAGCACACCAGAGAUGCUGCGUGACCUGCUGAGCUCCUCCAGCAUUUUGUUACUUUGGAUUUUCAGCAUCCAGUUUCUCGUAUAUGAGAUGUCAAAGGUUUUGGAAAUACAAAACAUUUGAAGAAUCAAAAUAUCUGAAGAGGAUGAUCUCAGGAUCACUUCAGCUUGAGCAAAAGAUCUAAACAAAAUAUGUUUCAGGAUGAAUUACAUAAGACAGUUGUUGCUGGAGUGAUGAAGCUGUCCUCAGUUGAAGAAAAUGCCUGCAGUGAUUUUGAUUUUGAAAAGGAAGUGAAGAAUUCUACUAGAGAUGAAUCUCCCAAACCAAAACCACGUUACAGUUUUCUAAAAAGGGAAAGUAACCAUGGAAGGAGUAAUGAAUUGGAGAAGCAGGAUGGCAACCUUUUAAAUACCCAUUGUUCAACUUCAGAUUCAAAGCUUUCCAGAACAGUCAAUGUAUACAAAUUGGACUCCAGCAUCUUUUGUCCUGAGGAAAAACCCCAAACAGAGAUGAAGUUGAUGGGAAUUGAGAGUCAAAAUCCAGAAACAAAUGGAAAAUCAAAAAGUAGAAGGUCUCUGAAUUCAUCAGUGGAGAGUCUGGAAUGUUCUUCAAUUGGAAAAAGCCCACAAUCAAAAACAACUGAGCCUCGGUAUUUGGGAACUUUAAAAAUCUUGGACAGAAAGGCAAAUGAAACUUCUAACCUUGAAGCUACAGAUACAAUCAGAGCAUCUAUUUAUCAGGAGUGGCUGGAAAGGAAAAGACAAGUUCUUUCUGAAAAUAAGAGACAUCGAAAGCUGAAAGUACAACAGGAAAAUGUGAAGAGAGAACAGAAUAAUAUUGCAAACAAAAAAGAAGCAAAGGCAUCAUUUGAGGCCUGGAAGACAAGAAAGAAGAAUGCAUUUCAAGAAACCUAUCAGAAGAAGAAAGAAGAGGAGAAAAUAAAGCAACAAGCAGAGGCAGAGAAAGAAGUGAGGAAGGAAGAAGCAAAAAAGGUAUUUGAAAAAUGGAAAGAAGGCAAAGACAGAUAUUUACAAGAAAACUUACAAAAGCAAAAACAGAUUAAAAAAGAGAACAGGGAAAAGGAAAAGGAGCAAGUCAAUGAACGGAAGGAAGGAAAUGCUUCUGCAUUUAUGAAAUGGAAUGAAGAGAAAGAAAUGAUAAUGAAGCAAAGGAUGAUAGAAAUUACAAAGGUUCAGCAGAAAAAGAAAAGGGAAGAAGAAUAUUCAAAAUGUGAGAGAGAAGAGAUGGCAGCACUUGUGUAUAAGAAAUGGCUGGCAGAGAAAGGAAAGAAUGAAAAGAAGCAAAAGCAAAUGAAGAGUGUCUUGUGCAGGGACCCAUUACCUCCCUGGAGCCCACCAAAUAAAACAAUACCAUUUGGAAAAUGAGCACUUUAACACAGUGUAAAACUAACAUGCCUGUACUUUUUAAUUGAAUUCUGAAUAAAUUUUGAUUUGC